CAAAUGGAUGUACCGAAGUUUGCGCUCGACCGCAGCUCGUACCUCAGCUCAGCAGCUACGGCUGGCUCCCUCUACGAGACAUCGAAGGCUGCCCAGGCGAGUGCCGCCUACAGCGCCUACUUGGAUCCCAGUGUACUUACAAAGGCUUACUUCGACUCGAAAAUGUAUCAGGAUCGCGCUGCCAAUUAUGCCUUUGACAUUUCAAAAAUCUAUGGCGCCCAACAACAUGGCUCCUCGGCGGCCGCCGCGGCAGUGGCGCAUCAACAGCAGCAACAACACUUGCUCAACGGCCUGGGCAUAGCCAGUUCGCAUCAGAAUAAUGGCAACAACAAUAAUAACCACUCAACAGCGAACAAUAAUCUGGAUGAACGAGACCACACACCGCAUUUAGAUAGCGGCGGGGCUGGUGGUGGAGUUCCGAGUGGUAUAGGGGAUUCCAAGCCACAUCUACACUCGCCAACGGACGCACAGCUAGAUUAUUCACAAUAUGCGCAAUACGGUCAGGUGGGUGGAGCAACCGUUGGUCUUGGUGGCGGAGUCGUUACCAACGGAGGUUUAGCUGGCAUUGCGUCUGGUGGCCCAGGUACUGCUGGCGCUGGUGGUGAUUUUCGUCGUCCGCUCACAGUUAUAUUUUGACCACCAUCCGUCGAGAAGUCUUAGUACACAUCUGAAACGCUACAUCAGCACGCAUGAAUGGAGUAGAUAUAAUACAGUAGACUCCCAUACAAAAAUCGACAUACAUAUGUAUGUAAGUUCCAACAACAAACGGGCAUGAGCUGCAAAUCUUACGAUUUGAAAUUGGUACGAUACGUAAAUCUACGAAAAACCAAUCACUGAAUCCGGAUUGUUUUGAACAUAUUAGCAAAUCUUACGAGUUGUUUUUUAAUGUCACUAAAAAGGUACGGAAAUUACUGAUUUUUUAUUGUCACUCGAAAAAAGUCACAUUUCUUACUAAUUUCGGGAAGUUUUCAAAUAGAAUUGCUCAUGUUAGAAGGAAUGAAAGUUGGCAUCAUAUAAAACAUACCUGUGAAGUUUCAAGAGUGUGUCACCAAAUUAUAAAAAAAUGGCAGCAAGCAGAAUAUCUGUCGCAG